GUACGACAAGCGGUGGGGAGGGAGCGGGCGCUGAGCCCCCAGCCGCGCUCCGGCCGAAGGGCAGGGCUGUGCCAGGCACCUGCAGGGUCCUCGCGCGCCAGCUCCGCGGGGCGGCGCGUGAGCGCUUGCCGACUGGCUGGUGGAGCCGGCUCCGGAGCCAAUGGGAGCGCGCCUUGUUGUGAGGCGCGCAGCCGGCAGGCGCGGGGGUCUGGCGGACAGGCGGUUGCCGUGGAGACGCCUGGAGCCGCGUGGGCUGGCACUGCCCUUCCGGUGCUGGGCGGUGCUGGGCGGUGUGCCGAAGUCUCUGACUAUGAUUCGAAUCGCAGCCUUAAAUGCCAGCUCCACAGUUGAGGAUGAUCAUGAAGGAAGCUUUAAAAGUCACAAGACCCAGACAAAGGAGGCGCAGGAAGCAGAGGCUUUUGCCUUAUACCACAAGGCCCUGGAUCUGCAGAAGCACGACCGGUUUGAGGAGUCCGCCAAGGCCUACCACGAGCUCCUGGAGGCGCGCCUGCUGCGAGAGGCAGUUUCGUCUGGUGAUGAGAAGGAGGGGUUGAAACACCCUGGGCUGAUGUUGAAGUACUCCACGUUUAAGAACCUGGCCCAGCUGGCCGCCCAGAGGGAGGACCUGGAGACAGCCAUGGAGUUCUACCUGGAGGCGGUCAUGCUGGACUCCACGGACGUCAACCUCUGGUAUAAAAUCGGACACGUGGCCCUGAGGCUCAUCCGGGUCCCCCUGGCUCGCCACGCUUUUGAGGAAGGGCUGCGGUGCAAUCCUGACCACUGGCCCUGCUUGGACAACCUCAUCACUGUCCUGUACACCCUCAGCGAUUACACCACUUGUCUGUACUUCAUUUGCAAAGCUCUGGAGAAGGACUGCCGCUACAGCAAGGGGCUGGUUCUCAAGGAGAAGAUCUUCGAGGAGCAACCGUGUCUCCGCCAGGACUCCCUCCGGAUGUUCCUGAAAUGUGACAUGUCCAUCCACGAGGUGUCGGUGAGCGCGGCCGAGUCACAGGCCAUCAUGGAUGAGGCCCUGGGGCUUCGGAGGAGGCGGCAGGCGCUGACCACGCACGAGAAGGAGCCGGACCUGAAGCUGGUGCAGCCCAUCCCCUUCUUCACCUGGAAGUGCCUCGGGGAGAGCCUGCUGGCCAUGUACCACCACCUCACCACCUGCGAGCCCCCGCGGCCCAGCCUCGGCAAGAGGAUCGACCUGUCCGACUACCAGGACCCUGGCCAGCCCCUGGUGCCCUCUGCCGUGGUGGCACCUGUCAGCGUGAUCCAGCCGAGCCCCGUCAACGCCAACCCCGAGGUGACCGUGGCAGAGCCUGUGCUCUCGUACGCCCCCGUGGCCACGGCCAGCUUCCUGCUGCACAGCCCCAGCCUGUUGGAGACGGGCAUCCCCGCAGGUGAUGUUUCUGGAGGAGAUAAAUCCAAGAAAGGGGUGAAGCGGAAGAAGAUUUCUGAGGAGAGCGGGGAGACGGCGAAGCGGCGGUCUGCCCGCGUCCGAAACACCAAGUGCAAAAAAGAAGAGAAGGUGGACUUCCAGGAGCUGCUGGUGAAGUUCCUGCCGUCCAGGUUAAGAAAGCUGGACCCCGAGGAGGAAGACGAUCCCUUUAGUAACUACGAAGUCCCGUCAGAAGCCAAACUGGAGAACUUCCCAAGCGUCGGGCCCCACAGGCUGUCCUUCGACUCAGCCACGUUCAUGGAAUCUGAGAAGCAAGACGUGCACGCCUUCCUGCUGGGAAACCUGAGCAACGGGGGCAUCCUGGAGCUUAUGAUGCGCUACCUGAAGAGCAUGGGCCACAGGUUCCUGCUGCGUUGGCCGCCGGGCCUGGCAGAGGUUGUGCUCAGCAUCUACCACAGCUGGCGGAGGCACAGCGCCAGCCUGCCCAACCCGCUGCUCAGGGACUGUGGCGACAGGCACAUCCAGGACAUGAUGCUGAUGUCCCUCUCCUGCAUGGAGCUGCAGCUGGACCAGUGGCUGCUGACCAAGGGCCGGAGCUCUGCAGUGUCUCCUCGGAACUGCCCUGCGGGUGUGGUGAGCGGCAGGUUCGGGCCCGACUUCCCGGGAGCCCACUUCCUGGGGGACCUCCUGCAGCUGUCAUUCGCCUCGUCCCAGCGGGACCUGUUUGAGGAUGGCUGGCUGGAGUUUGUGGUCCGCGUGUACUGGUUGAAGGCGCGAUUCCUGGCGCUGCAGGGAGACAUGGAGCAGGCCCUGGAGAACUAUGACAUCUGCACAGAGAUGCUGCAGAGCUCCGCUGCCGCCCGGGCUGCGGCGGGAGCCGAGCAAAGAGACGUCGUGAUCCGCCUGCCCAACCUCCACAAUGACUCGGUCGUCUCCCUGGAGGAGAUCGACAAGAACCUGAGGUCGCUAGAACGGUGCCAGUCACUGGAGGAGACUCAGCGGCUGUACGAGGCUGGCGACCACCGGGCCGUCGUGCGCCUGCUCCGCCCCACCUUGUGCCCCAGUGGGUUUGACCGGGCCAAACACCUGGAGUUCAUGACAUCUGUGCCUGAGAGGCCGGCCCAACUGCUGCUGCUGCAGGACUCCUUGCUCCGGCUGGAGGACCACCGGCAGUGCUUCGAGUGCUCUGACGUGGCUCUGAAUGAGGCAGUCCAGCAGAUGGUUAAUGCCACUGAGGCUGCCGCCAAGGAGGAGUGGGUGGCCACGGUAACCCAGCUGCUGCUGGGCAUCGAGCAGGCGCUCUCAGCAGACAACAGCGGCAGCAUCCUGAGGGACUCAUCCUCCGCCGCUGGCCUCACCCGUCUCACCAACAACCUCAUCCAGGUCAUCGACUGCAGCAUGGCCGUGCAGGAGGAGCCCAAGGAGCCCCACGUGUCCUCGGUGCUGCCCUGGAUCAUCUUGCACCGCAUCAUCUGGCAGGAAGAGGACAGCUUCCGCUCCCUGUGCCAUCAGCAGCAGCUCCAGAGCCCCGCAGACGAAGUGUCAGCCGAUAUGCCCAUGCUCCCUUCCUCCCUCAUGCUGCUCAACACGGCCCAUGAGUACCUGGGCCGGAGGGCCUGGUGUUGCAACUCCGAAGGGGCCCUGCUGCGAUUCUACGUGCGCAUCCUCCAGAAGGAGCUUGCUGAAUCCACGUCUGAGGACACUCACCCAUACAAGGAGGAGCUGGAGACAGCCUUGGAGCAGUGCUUCUACUGCCUGUACAGCUACCCCAGCAAGAAGAGCAAGGCCAGGUACCUGGAGGAGCACUCGGCUCAGCAGGUGGAUCUGAUAUGGGAGGAUGCCCUGUUCAUGUUCGAGUACUUUAAGCCCAAGACCCUUCCUGAGUUUGACAGCUAUAAGACCAGCACCGUGUCUGCUGACUUGGCCAACCUCCUGAAGCGAAUUGCCACCAUCGUGCCCCGCACAGAGCGGCCAGCCCUGAGCCUGGACAAGGUCUCCGCCUACAUCGAGGGCACCUCUGCAGAGGUGCCCUGCCUCCCAGAAGGGGCCGACCCCUCCCCUCCGGUGGUGAAUGAGCUCUACUACCUCCUGGCUGAUUACCAUUUCAAAAACAAGGAGCAGUCCAAGGCCAUCAAGUUCUACAUGCACGACAUCUGCGUCUGCCCCAAUAGGUUUGACUCCUGGGCGGGCAUGGCCCUGGCCCGGGCCAGCCGCAUUCAGGACAAACUGAACUCCAACGAGCUGAAGAGCGACGGGCCCAUCUGGAAGCACGCCACACCUGUGCUGAACUGCUUCCGGCGGGCACUGGAGAUCGACAGCUCCAACCUGUCCCUGUGGAUCGAGUUCGGCACCAUGUCCUAUGCCCUGCACUCCUUCGCCUCACGCCAGUUGAAGCAGUGGAGGCCCGAGCUGCCCCCUGAGCUUGUGCAGCAGAUGGAGGAGCGGCGAGACAGCAUGCUGGAGACCGCCAGGCACUGCUUCACGUCAGCGGCGCGCUGCGAGGGUGACGGGGAUGAGGAGGAGUGGCUCAUCCACUACAUGCUGGGCAAGGUGGCUGAGAAGCAGCAGCAGCCGCCCACCGUGUACCUGCGGCACUACCGGCAAGCCGGCCACUACCUGCACGAGGAGGCGGCCCGCUACCCCAAGAAGAUCCACUACCACAACCCCCCCGAGCUGGCCAUGGAGGCCCUGGAGGUGUACUUCCGGCUCCACGCAUCCAUCCUGAAGCUCCUGGGGAGGCCCGACUCUGGGGUCAGUGCAGAGGUACUGGUCAGCUUCAUGAAGGAGGCUGCAGAAGGGCCCUUUGCCAGGGGCGAGGAGAAGAACGCGCCCAAAGCCUCAGAAAAGGAGAAGGCCUGCCUGGUGGACGAGGACUCCCACUCUUCAGCUGGGACACUGCCGGGCCCCGGAGCCUCCCUCCCUUCCUCCUCUGGCCCAGGUCUGACAUCCCCACCUUACACAGCCACUCCGAUUGACCACGAUUACGUCAAAUGUAAAAAACCCCACCAGCAGGCGACGCCGGACGAGCGCAGCCAGGAGAGCACGGCCGUGGCGCUCUCGGACUCCAGCUCGACGCAGGACCUCUUCAAUGAGCCUGCCAGCUCCCUGGAGGGUUCCCAGAAGCCCUACACAGAGAAGAGGCCGCCCGCUCCCAGUUCCCAAGUAGGACCGCCUGGGAAAGACCUUCAGGGGUCCGCAGAGGAGAGAGGAAAAGCCGAGGAGUCCUCGGAGAGCACGGAAGGCUUCCGGGCCACAGAGCAAGGCAGCCAGAAGCCUGCUGCCGACCCCCCGGCCUCCGCUGGCACCCCUGCCAAGCCCCCAACUUCUGUGUCUGCCCCGUGGGAUGGGAGGAAGAGAGGGGACCCGCUGGGGGAGCCAGCUGCCUUCCCCCCGGGGCUGCCGGCCGGCGCAGAGGAGCAGCGCCAGUUCCUCACGGAGCAGUGCAUUGCCUCGCUCCGCCUGUGCCUCAGCCGCUUCCCCCAGCACUACAAGAGCCUCUACCGCCUGGCCUUCCUCUACACCUACAGCAAGACCCACCGGAACCUCCAGUGGGCCCGCGAUGUGUUGCUAGGUAGCGGUAUCCCGUGGCAACAGCUGCAGCACAUGCCGGCACAGGGGCUCUUCUGCGAGAGGAACAAGACCAAUUUCUUCAACAGAAGCCGAAGGGCAGGAUUGGCCUGGACAGGAGCCGAGGGGGUCUUGAAGGGUCUGGAGGGAUGUGGCAGAGGCUGGUUCUUGAGCCAUAUGGGCAGAGUGAGGUCCCUGCUGAGAGCCGGCCGGGUGGUAGGUGUCUGGAUUCAUGGCUUUUCUCCUCUCCCAGGCUUGAGCAGGGGCUGGGCAGGGGCUCCGAGCCUGGGAGCCCUGCUCCUGCCAGCCCUCUCCCUAUGGGUAUUUUAUAGACAAGUGGUAGAUCAGUCUGCAUGGUACCAAGGGGUUUGCUGUGAAAGAGAUGCUCCCUCCCACCCAGAUGCCCAGGCCACAGCCACUGUCCCUCAUCCUGCCCGCUUUGGAGCCCACGCCCGGAGACGCACACAAGGGCAAAGUGCACGUGCUCCUGCCCCUGGUUUUUCUUCACUUAAGCGUGUGUCUUGGAGGGUGUUUUUUGUUUGUUUGUUUGUUUGCGGUAUGCGGGCCUCUCACUGUUGUGGCCUCUCCCGUUGAGGAGCACAGGCUCCGGACGCGCAGGCUCAGCGGCCAUGGCUCACAGGCCCAGCCGCUCCGCGGCAUGUGGGAUCCUCCCGGACCGGGGCACGAACCCGUGUCCCCUGCAUCGGCAGGCGGACUCUCAACCACUGCGCCACCAGGGAAGCCCUUGGAGGGUGUUUUUGAACUUGCUGUUCUUUUUAAUAGCUGCCUGGUCCUCCCAUGUGGAUGUCCAAGGUUUACUAACCACCCCUAUUGAUGGACGUUUAGGUUGUUUCCAGUCUUCCACUGUUGCAGACAAUGCUGGUAUAUAUGUCUUUGCACACGCGUCGGGGGUCCACUCCUAGAAUACACUCUGAGAGACAAUUCCUGGGGCAAGGGGUUUGUGGGGCCUUGAAGUUUUAGCAGAUGCUACCCUCCGAUCCAGCUCCUCCCCAGCCCUGGACUUACUGACUUUCUCUAUUAUUAAAUGGUUUUAUGUUUGCUUUUCAGUGGGUGAAAAACACUUGCGUUCUUUGUGAGUGGGACUGUGAUGUCAUGUAAGCAGUUUUAAUUUUUUCUGUGUAGUUUCUACUCAGGUUCAUUUUCCUAUUGGAUUAUUGGCCCUUUUGUUAUUGAUCUAUAAGAACUCUUUCUAUAUUAAUGAAAGGGGCCCUUCUUCAGUGUUCUGCAAAACUUUCUUCUGCAGUUGCUGAACCAGAGUGAGAGUCAGGCAGGUGGCUUGGUUCCCCUGAACUCCUGCUUGCUCUCCUUACACGUGGGCCUGAAGAGUGACUGAGGACCCAGUUAGAUAAGGGGAAGUGCCUCACUUGGGAGCUGGUGCAUGGUUGGUGCUCCGGGAAAGUUUCCCUCUGCCCCCCGCCCCCACACACACACACACCCCCGCCCCGUGGUGCUUUGCCCUUAAAGCCUGUGCAGUAAUGUUGCAAGGAGGGACCCAACCCCCCUUUCUUCCUUCCGGGUCAGGCACCAGCCUUCCUAACAGCGGAGUUUAGGAGGCCAGCCCCUCAGAUGCCUGCUCCCCGCAGCUCCUCCCAUGGUUUCCAGAGCCUUCCAGAAAUGAGUCCCACAGGCUGAACGGGACGUUUUGCACGGUUUUGCCUCUUCUGGGUCAGCUUUUGUUUCUUUGUGCAUCGCAGUGAAAGGUUAACCUCUGGGCAGAGGGCAGACAGGUGAUGGCACCCCCUUUUAUGCAGCACCCGAGGGACAGGCACUCAGGCUGGCUGGUGACAGCACGGCCCCUGCUGAACCACCCACUCUGGCCUUGCCAUUGCUGCGGCUGGACCUUCGGGGUGGAUGUGUCUUCUAGCCACAGCUCGCUCCCAGCGCCUCAGGGAGUGCUGGCCCUGCACGCAUUUGUGGGACAGAUCUUAGCAGGAGGGAUGCCUCCUGCCUUGUUUACGAGGAGUGUUCAGGGCAGCCCUCGGCUGACUGCUGCCCUGGCCAAUGUGCUGGGCUGAUAGCUGGGCUGGGGGUCAGGACGAGCAGGCUGGCUCUUCUCCCUUCCAGUGCUGGGGUUACUGCCCGGGCCUGGGGUGGGGGCGGGGCAGGGACUGGCCCUGUGAGCAGGUGUGGGGAGGUGAGGGCAGGGCCAUCCAAACCCCCACCACCCUGGGCGGUGCCGUCAUCCUCAGGGCCUGGGCUAGGAGACCUGCCUCUUAACUUUUACUGGCGAUUUCUGAAAAUCAUGUGAGCCACAUUGUCAUUGGGCCACAUCGUCAUUGCAAACCGUUCAGACGCACAGCAAAGCCCACACCCUUGGUCUCCCACCCCAGGCCUCCUGCCCUCCUUAGAGGUACCUCUGUGAGCGGCCGGCUACUCCCUUUUCUCAAGUGUACGUGUACCAAAUCAGACAAGUUUGUCAUUCUGCUUUAAAAAAUAUGCCUGCGUGUAUAUGUGUAUGGGGGGGGUGCUUUUUGGUAACUUGGGCUUUUUCGCCGACACUAAGUCUUAGGGACAUUCCCUGUAAGAGAUGCAGGCCGCCUGUGGCUGUUUGUCCUCUGGGUCCCGAGGAGGUGCUCGCUGCGGGUCUGUGGACCAUCUCCCUCACAGCCCGUCUCCAAGCACGUCCUCCUGGUGUGGCCAGCACCGGCUGCCGUGGGCCCUGCCGCAGGACACUCGCGGGCUCGCCCCUUUGUGCUUGCCCGGUCGUGCAGGCCUCUGUAGCGUGCUGUGGGGCACAGGGAGAGAGCGGGACCCUCAAGGAGUCCGGUUGACUGGAGGCAGGGCUCCCACAGGUAGUGGGUGCUGCUUGGCCAGGGAGGGGGCCAGAGGGAGGCUGGGGCUGAGGCUGCGCCGGCCGGGGCUUCUCGGGGAGCAUGAGGGGCCGGGCAGAGGGCUGGGUGCACAGGGGACCGGUGGCCUGGGCCCUGCGGCAGAGGCCUGGUGCACAGCGGCCCAGCCAUGCGGUGGGACGAGCAUCUGAGGGAGAGCAACGAACUUGGCGCAUCUCCAUCACCCCCCCGCCCCAAAGACUUGACUGAGGUACUGGCUCCCACCCACCCCUUCUCUGCCGUGGAAAAUCCCGUCUGUGGGCCAUGUGCCGGGCAGGCUGGAUCCUGGCCCUGGGCUUGAGUCCGGAGUGGCCGCAGCCCCACCCAAGGGCCCCACACCCCGCCCUCUCCCGACAGGCAGAACGGUCUGGCCUUUGCCAGAACAGGGCCGGGAGUUGUUGGACAUUGCUGGUUGAAGUCCUGCGGCCCUCCCCGCCCUGGCACGGCUUGGCCUGGGCCCUGGGGAGGGACGGGCAGAAGGCGUGUGGCCACACGACUCAGCGGUGCCUCCUCAGGACGACUGUGCAGGGAGCUGGGACCCCAUGGAGGACACAGAGGCCUAGGUGGGAGGCAGCGAAGCGGGGCUGGACCUGGGGGUGGGAGCCCUCUGAGCCAGUGCCAGCCCUGAGGGGGCUGCAGAGAGGGGCUGUCUGUCCCUGGGCAGAAGAGACCAGGAAAGCAGAGGCCACGGGCUUGUUUCUGAGUGCCUGGAAGUUUCCACGGCUUCCUGGGCAGGUGUGUGUGCCCCUGGGUGGGGGGCCCGUGGGGGCUGGAGCUCUGUCCAGGGCAAACUUCUCUCCCACUGGUAGUUGAUUCGGAAACGUUCCCAUAGUAACCAAACCAGAGAUCGCUCUCCCUCCUUCCCCAAAAUGUUUGCUGAUUUUAGCAAGCAGGUUUUUUUUCUUGUUUCAACCCAGUUUCCAGCCACCAUGAAAGAAGCAAAGGGAGCGAGGGCCUGGCCGGCACUGUCCCCGCUUCCCAGGCUGCGCAGGCGUCGGCGACUGUGGCCUGAGUUUGAGGGAGCGGAGGGGGAGCGCUGGCCUGCGGGGCCUCCACCACGGCUGCUCCCGCCCCAUGAGGAGGCCCGCCUCUUCAUGGAAAGCAGCCCACGGCUGGCGGUGGCUGGCGGCCCCCAGGGCCGCAUCGUCACCGAGAAAAGCACAGACUUUAGGCCCCAGUGGGUUUGGCUCCCAGCCACUCACCCCUUACUCAGCCCACACAGGGCAUGGGGUUGCUCAUUGGCAGGAUGGGCAUGAUAGGUGGACAGGAGCCCUCAGCACACUCUUGGCCAAUCACACAACUCACCCUUAGGACAGGAAGUCAGCCUGCUCCGGGCCCUGGGGCUUGUCUGCGGAUCCGGUGGUG